UUCGUUCAGUGCUGUGGUGGCCAGUUGCUGUUAGUAUACGAACGGCUUGUGAAUGAAGUGCGUGUUUUUAUAGUGCAUAUGACAUCGAUCAAGCAUACAAAAGUUUUUCGCGACUUCUCCAAAAUUAGUUUUCAAGAAUGGCUGGUACAGAUAACGCUAUGAGCAAGCCAGACAAAAAUGGCAGUACGCCAGUCGGAACAGAAAAACAAGAUGGCGAAACGCCCGAGCGAGCCAAGUGGGGAAGCCCACUGGAGUUCAUACUCGCUUGUCUAGGGUAUGCUGUGGGGCUGGGAAAUGUUUGGAGAUUCCCGUACCUGUGUUAUAGGAGUGGAGGAGGUGCUUUCAUCCUGGUGUUUUUAUUGAUGAUAUUCCUGAUCGGUCUUCCAAUUUUCUACUUGGAAUUAUACAUCGGACAGUACAGUGGACUGGGACCGUUAAAGGCCUUCCAGUCCAUUGCUCCCUUCUUCAGUGGACUUGGAUACUGCACCCUGGUUGUCAUCACCAUCAUCUCGAUAUACUACAUGAUCAUCAUAGCGUGGACUUUGUAUUAUACCAUCGUGUCCAUCGCUGGGAGCCUGGAUUGGGGAUCGUGUGAAAACGACUUCAAUGAUUUAUAUUGCUACAGCGGAGCAUACGACAGGGACUGCAGGGCGCAGAACCUCACCGGUUACCACGUCGAGACGUACUACAGAGGGAAUUGUACCGCAAUCGGGCAGAUUUGCCUCCAAACUGGGUCCCAGCCUUUCAACGCGACGCACUGCCUCGAAGGGAAUGUCGAGAUCCCGUGGUACACAAACGUCACUAGGAUUCUGGCGUCGGAACAGUAUUUCAACGAACGCGUCCUUGGCAAGGGUGACGCUACCUGGUCCAACUGGGGAACUAUUCAGUGGCACUUGGUUGGCACACUGUUCCUUUCGUGGCUGAUUGCGUUCUUCUGCGUCAUCAAAGGUGUGAAAUCCGCGGGGAAAGUGGUGUACUUUACUGCGUUGUUUCCAUACGUUAUGCUGACAGCGCUGCUCAUCCGAGGAGUGACGCUGGAGGGGGCUUCGGAAGGGAUCCUGUUCUACCUGUCCCCGACUUGGGAGACGCUGCUCAGUGCCCAAGUGUGGGGUGACGCUGCUUCACAGAUCUUCUACUCGUUUGGAGUGGCCUGCGGCUCCCUCAUCACGCUGGCUUCAUACAACAAAUUCACCAACAACUGCCAUUUUGACGCGGUGUUUGUGUCAUUCGCUAACUUCGGGACGUCGAUAUAUGCUGGCUUCGCGGUCUUUUCUGUGCUUGGGUUCCAAGCGCAGCAGAUGGGAGUUAGUGUUGAUGACGUGGCUCAACAAGGUCCAGGUCUGGCAUUCAUCGUGUACCCCGAAGCGCUGCUGCAGAUGCCAAUACCCCAGAUGUGGUCCAUUCUCUUCUUCAUCAUGCUGUUUAUCCUCGGUAUUGGAUGCCAGUUCGCUGGCAUUGAGGCCAUAAACACAGCCAUUGUUGACCAGUGGCCGCAUCUACGGAAGAAUUAUUGGAGGGUCACAGCGUUCACUUGUUUCUGCUGCUUUAUUCUCGGUAUUCCCAUGUGCUUCAGCGGUGGGAUAUACUUGUUCACUCUACUGGAGUGGAAUACCGCUUCGUGGGCUAUUCUGCUCAUUGGAGUUGCACAGUGCACUGCAGUAUCGUGGAGCUACGGAAUCAACCGGGCCAUGGACGAUUUGGCCGACAUGAAAAUGAAAUUCAACCCUUUCCUGCGUUUCUACUGGAAGGCGGUGUGGACCGUCAUCUUGCCUAUUGCCAGUGUGGCAAUUCUGAUCUUCAUUCUCAUCAACUGGACGACACCAGCGGUGGACGACUACGUGUUCCCACUGUUUGCUGACCUGCUUGGCUGGGUAGUGGGCAUAUCGACCUUGAUCUUCUUCCCAGUGGGAGUGGGCUGGGCCUUUUACCAUGGAUAUAGAGGAAAGGAACUUUUCACUACAACGGAGGACUGGAAGCCGGCAAACAAAAAACUACUCAAUAAUUCUGGAUCUGAAUCCUUAGAAUCUGGUCUCGACAGUUCACAAAACAACUUAGAUUAUGUUAAUGAUAAUAUGGUAGCUAGAUAAACUAAGUAAGAAUAAUUAUUAGAUUAUUUAUUAAUAUUAUUAAUUAUUAUACGUAAUUAUGUUUGACAAUAAUUGACUAGCAAAAUUAAUGUCAGGCUACAAUUUAUUAAAGAACCUAAAUAACAAAAAAAAAACAUUAAUCGUAGUAUAUGAAUUGCUACUUACUUAUAUGACAAAUUGAUGUGUAGAAAGUAAUUAGAUUUUUUUUUACUUUUUUGUAAGAACAAUAUUGUUACUUCUUUGACCUCGAAAAGAAAACAAUUGCGACAUGACAAUAUGCAUCACAGCUAACCAAUAGAAAUUCUUUAUAAAAAUUAUAUCCGUAUUUAUUUACAGAAUUUUACAACUUAUACCUAUGCUAUAGAUACGCCCGUAAUCACAAACGAUGCUUGCUUAAGUGAUGCAGCAAAUCGAACGCACAGCGUUGAAUAGAGCUCUGUGAUUGAUUUGUGUGUCCUCACACUGUGAGACCUCAUAGUAAUGUUUGUGAAAACGGGCGAUAUACUUUAAUAUUGUACUUAAAAGUAAACUUAGUCAUAUCAAAACUUAUGAAUCCCGUAUCGGGAGGACGACAAUAAAUAAUUAUGAUUAUGGACUUUAGACAUUACUAAUAAUAAUUAUUAUAAUAGUCAGGUAUUUUUUUAACUAAGCGUAAAUCUGAUAAUAUUCUUAAGAUUAAUAUUUUGAUUACGAGCUGUAUCUAUGUACCUAUUAAAUAGUGAUAAUGAUAUAA